AUCCUUUUCCCUAGUUCUAUUGAACCGACCCCAUAAAACUCUCGUGAGACACACAUAUAAAUAAAGGAACAAAAAAAAGAAAAUAAUCAAAAACUCAUUCACAAAACAAAAAACAAAUCUCAGAAAAAUUCAGACACAGCUUCAACAACAAUCUAAGCAUUUCUCGAAGUGCUAUUUCUGAAUUCUGUUCCUCUUCUUGUCAGAAGGAACAUUCGAAAGGAAUGAGCUUGCAGACACGAAGAGAUAGGAGGGAAGGGGGGUCGAGGUUCCCACCACAACGUGCUCCUCGUCAAGAAUGGGUUCCGAAAGGAACUGGAGCAUCCACCACCACCUCUACCACUGCUCCCACAACCACUGCCACCGCCACCACAGCUGUUGUCGACCCUACAAGUUUGCACUCUCAUCAGAAGAACACUAAUGGUGAUGGUGGUUCAUCCAAUCAAGGAUCUGUUGUUUCUCCUCCGUUGGCUAGGCAUAGAAGUAAUCAUCAUGUUACUCAUCGUGUGGAAAGGGAACAUGUCGCUCAUCGUGUUGAAAGGGAACAUGUUGCUCAUAGUGUUGAUAGGGAACAUGUUGCUCAUCAAGUGGAAAGGGAAAAUGUUGCUCAUCGGGUGGAAAGGGAAAAUAUUGCUCAUCGGGUGGAAAGGCAACAUGUUGCUCAUCGGGUGGAAAGGGAUAAAGGGAGGAGUGGUAAUACGGCUGGGAGGGAAUACGGAUCGAGGGACUCUAGUUUGCCUCAAUUGGUGCAAGAGAUUCAGGAGAAGCUCACAAGAGGUACAGUGGAGUGCAUGAUUUGCUAUGAUAUGGUUCGUAGGUCUGCACCUAUUUGGUCUUGCUCCAGCUGCUACUCUAUCUUUCACCUGAAUUGUAUCAAGAAGUGGGCUCGUGCUCCCACCUCGGUUGAUUUAUCGGCAGAGAAGAAUCUAGGGUUUAAUUGGCGGUGUCCUGGUUGUCAGUUCGUGCAGCAUACAUCUUCAAGGGAUAUUAAGUAUGUUUGCUUUUGUGGGAAGAGGACAGACCCUCCGCAUGAUUUGUAUCUGACACCUCAUUCGUGUGGUGAACCGUGUGGGAAGCCUCUUGAGAAGGAGGUGUUGUCUACUGAAGGGAGAAAGGACCAGCUUUGCCCUCAUGCUUGUGUCUUGCAAUGCCAUCCUGGUCCAUGUCCCCCGUGUAAAGCAUUUGCCCCUCCUCGUUUGUGUCCUUGUGGAAAGAAAAGAAUCGCCACCCGUUGCUCUGAUCGGCAGUCUGAUCUUACCUGCGGUCAGCGCUGUGAUAAGCUUCUUAAUUGUGGACGACAUCGCUGUGAAAAUGCUUGCCAUGUGGGUCCUUGUGAUCCUUGUCAGGUGCUAAUCAAUGCCUCUUGCUUUUGUAGUAAAAUGACGCAGGUUAUUUUUUGUGGAGAGAUGGCUAUGAAAGGUGAAUUUAAAGUAGAAGAUGGAGUUUUUUCUUGUGGUUCUAAUUGUGGAACGGAACUUAGUUGCGGUAAUCAUAUAUGCCGUGAUGUUUGUCAUCCAGGCGGCUGUGGUGAAUGUGAAUUUUUACCAAGCCGGGUUAAGACAUGCUGUUGUGGAAAAACAAAGUUGGAGGACGAACGGAAGAGUUGUGUGGAUCCGAUACCUACAUGCUCACAAGUAUGUGGCAAGCUCCUUCCUUGCGGGAUACAUGCUUGUAAGGAGUCAUGCCAUGUUGGGGAAUGUCCACCGUGUAAGGUCCUAAUUUCACAGAAAUGCCGUUGUGGCUCAACUUCGCGAACUGUUGAAUGCUAUAAAACAAUAACGGAGAAUCAGAAAUUUACUUGUGAAAAGCCAUGUGGGGCAAAGAAGAAUUGUGGAAGGCACCGAUGUAGUGAAAAAUGUUGUCCAUUGUCUGGUCCAAAUAAGGACUUGACUAUUGCAGAUUGGGAUCCUCACUUUUGUUCCAUGCUUUGUGGAAAGAAGCUGAGAUGUGGCCAGCAUGUAUGUGAAACGUUGUGUCACAGUGGUCAUUGCCCACCGUGUCUUGAAACAAUCUUCACCGAUUUAACAUGUGCUUGUGGUAGGACUUCAAUUCCUCCUCCCCUACCUUGUGGUACAAUGCCUCCCUUAUGUCAACUUCCAUGUUCAGUUCCUCAGCCAUGUGGUCAUUUGGGCUCUCAUAGUUGCCAUUUUGGAGAUUGCCCUCCUUGUUCGGUACCUGUGUCGAAAGAAUGUGUCGGUGGCCAUGUCAUUCUUAGGAAUAUACCUUGUGGCUCAAAUAAUAUUAGAUGCAAUAAUCCCUGUGGAAGGACUAGACAAUGCGGUUUACAUGCAUGCGGAAGAACAUGCCACUCACCACCUUGUGAUACUCUACCUGAUUUUGUGAAAGGAUACCGAGCGCCAUGUGGGCAGACAUGUGGUGCUCCAAGGAGUGGCUGCCGGCACAUGUGUAUGGCUCAAUGUCACCCUACCAUAUCUUGCCCUGAUGUAAGAUGCGAGUUCCCCGUUACAAUUACUUGCUCUUGUGGCCGCAUAUCAGCUAAUGUUCCUUGUGAUGUGGGUGGUAGCAAUAGUAACUAUAAUGCUGAUGCAAUUUAUGAAGCUUCCAUUAUUCAAAAAUUGCCCGCGCCACUUCAACCGGUUGAUGCUAAUGGCCAAAAAGUUCCCCUUGGGCAAAGAAAGCUGAUGUGUGAUGAGGAAUGUGCUAAGUUGGAACGUAAAAGGGUUCUUGCCGAUGCCUUUGACAUCACUCCAAGUCUUGAUGCUCUCCACUUCGGUGAGAAUUCUUCUUUUGAAUUGCUUUCUGACACAUUUAGACGUGAUCCGAAAUGGGUUUUGGCUGUUGAAGAGAGAUGCAAAGUAUUAGUACUUGGGAAAAGCAAAGGAACUACACAUGGUUUAAAAAUCCAUGUCUUUUGCCCUAUGAUAAAGGAUAAAAGAGAUGCCGUGAGAUUGAUUGCUGAAAGAUGGAAGCUUGCGGUGAAUGCUGCUGGUUGGGAACCAAAGCGAUUUGUCGUAAUUUCUGUUACUCAAAAAUCUAAGGCCCCAGCUCGUGUGCUCGGUGUUAAGGGUACCACAACUUUAAACGCGCCACUUCCUACUGCAUUUGAUCCCUUGGUUGAUAUGGACCCAAGGCUUGUUGUCUCGUUUCCAGACUUGCCAAGGGACGCUGAUAUUAGUGCCUUGGUGUUGAGAUUUGGCGGCGAAUGUGAGCUUGUUUGGUUGAACGACAAAAAUGCUUUGGCUGUUUUUCAUGAUCCUGCCCGAGCUGCAACUGCGAUGAGGAGAUUGGAUCAUGGAACAGUUUAUCAGGGUGCUGUUUCUUUUGUCCAGAGUGCCGGAGCAUCAGCGGUGUCUUCGGUUACCAAUGCAUGGGGAGGUACGAAAGAUGGAGGAGGACUGUCAACACUGAGAAGUAAUCCAUGGAAAAAGGCAGUGGUUCUCGACCCGGGUUGGAAAGAAGAUUCAUGGGGUGAUGAACAAUGGGCUGCCGGUGGUUCUGCAAAUAUUCAACCAUCAGUUUUGAAGAAAGAAGCGCCGAUACCCGCUUCAUUGAAUCCUUGGAAUGUUUUAAACCAGGAAUCGAGUUCAAGUUCAUCACCGACAACCGUCAUGAGAAGUUUAACUUCUGGAAAACAAGCCGAAAGUGGAGAUGUCUCAACUAGGUUGGAGUCUUCUUCACGUAGCGCAAAUGUAGGAAACUUGGAUGCAAGAGAUGAUUCUGAAGUUGUAGAUGAUUGGGAGAAGGCUUUUGAAUGAGGGAAAGUAAUGAAAAUCAAACAAAAAGUAAUCUUUUUAUUGUUAGAAAUUUGAUAUACUGUUGCAAAGUAGACAUGAGGUUUAAGGUAUCUCCUUGCCAUGUUUUGUUAGUUUUGGCAAGUCAAGGUUAUUUUCACCCAUUUUAGAUAAAUGUUUCAAAAUUUAAACUCAUUGGAUCCUCUUACCCAGACUGAGAAAUGGGGUAUUAGGCUUUAGGGAAAAAUGCAUAUUGUUAAUGCUCUAUAUUUUCUCAAAGUGCAUUGAUCAGUUAAUGAAAUCUUGUUUUGAUCUUGUAUUCAUUGGAAUUAUCAUAUGAAGCCUUUAACUAAGGGUUCUCUUUUUGGAUUCUGUUAGUGCUGAUAUUACAAUGUAAUGGCAGUUUUUUUUUUUGUUAA